AAAGAAAUCAGGGAGAAGGGGAGUGACUGACUGACAGGCCUUUGCGAGUUAGGACCGCAAACAGAUCCGAAUCUUUCGUCCUCUCUUCCAUUCCUAUUUCCUUCAUUUGACUUUCUUUCUUCCUUCCUUCCUUCCUUCCUUCCUUUUGCAGAUCCUUAACCAAAAAACAUGCGGCAUUGUCUUCACAUUUUUUUCUUCUUCCAACUAUUUAAUUGAAUAAUAAAGCUGAGCUGAAACCGAUACAAUACGAAUUCCACAAUCUCAUACACCAAUGGCCGAUGAUGAAACCCCUAGCCAAACCCAAGAGUCCUCUACGGCAAGAGAGUUUUCUGCCAAUGGGACUUCCAUGAGUACCUCUGAUGUCGAAGCCAAACUCGACAAAGGCAAUAUUGAAGAAGCUGAAUCUUCUUUACGCGAACGCUUGUCCCUUAAUUCCGAGGAAGCGAGAACUCUUUUGGGAAGGUUAGAGUAUCAAAGAGGAAAUGUAGAAGCGGCACUUCGGGUACUUGAUGGGAUUGAUCUGCAAGCUGCAAUCCAAAAACUGCAACCUUCCUCCCAACAAGCUGCCAGACUCGUUCUUGAAGGCUUUUACUUAAAGGUCAAGUCCCUUCAAAAGCUCGGAAAAUUUGCUGAGGCUGCUCAGGAUUGUGCAAAUAUUCUUGAUGCUGUGGGGAGGAUAUUUCCUCAAGGAAUACCUGAUGCCCAAGUUGAGAGUAAAUUGCAGGAGAUGAUCAGUAAAGCGGUUGAGUUACUUCCAGAGCUUUUGAAGCAAGCUGGUAAUUAUCAAGAAGCAAUGGCUGCUUAUAGACGUGUACUGCUCAAUCCAUGGAACUUAGACAAUGAUUGUUGUGGGCGAAUUCAGAAAGCAUUUGCAGUUUUUCUCUUGCAUAGUGGGUUGGAGGCUGGCCCUCCUAGCUUAGGUGCUCAAGCUGAUGGUGCUUAUGUACCCAAAAAUAAUUUGGAAGAGGCUAUUCUGCUUUUGUUGGUUCUUAUGCGAAAAAUUCACCAUGGUGAUAUCCAGUGGGAUCCAUCUGUUUUGGAUCACUUAAUGUAUGCGCUUUCUUUAUGCAGCCAAACUCCCGUUUUAUCGAAGCAACUUGAAGAGCUCAAGCCUGGAGUAUUUCAUCGUACUGAACGUUGGAAUCUCUUAGCUCUUUGUUGCAGUGGUGUGGGACAGAACAAAGCUGCCAUGAAUCUAUUAAGAAAGUCUCUGCAUAUAAAUGAAAGACCUAAUGAUCUCACAGCAUUAUUGUUGGCUGCGAAGAUCUGUAGUGAGGAUUCUCAGCUUGCAGCUGAGGGAGUAGGAUAUGCACAGAGGGCAGUCGAUAAUGCAAAAGGGGUGGAUGAACAUCUGAAGGGUGUUGGCCUUCGUAUGUUAGGUCUUUGUUUGGGAAAGCAAGCUAAAGUUUCUUCCUCUGACUUUGAAAGGUCCCGUCUUCAGAAUGAAGCGCUUAAAUGUUUAGAUUCAGCACUUUCCUUUGAGCAGGAUAAUCCUGAUAUAAUCUUUGAGUUGGGAGCUCAUUAUGCAGAGCUGCGGAAUUUGAAUGCUGCUUUGCGUUUUGCGAAGAAGUACAUUGAUAUAACCGGUGGUUCUGUAAUGAAGGGUUGGAGAUUGCUUGCUCUAAUUUUGUCGGCUCAACAGCGUUUCACAGAGGCUGAGGUGGUCACUGAUGCUGCAUUGGAUGAGACUGGCAAAUGGGAGCAAGGACCACUGCUCAGGCUGAAAGCAAAAUUGAAGGUCUCCCAGUCACGACCCAUGGAAGCUAUUGAAACUUACUGUUACCUCCUUGCUUUGGUUCAGGCCCAAAGAAAAUCAUCUGGUCCUAUGAAAAUUGAUUCUCAGGUUGAGGAUGAUAAGGUAAAAGAAUUUGAAGUUUGGUAUGGCCUUGCAUCUCUGUACUCUAGUCUUUCACACUGGAAGGAUGUAGAAGUAUGUGUGAAAAAAGCCAGGGCGAUGAAACAGUAUUCUGCGGAACUGGUGCAUACAGAAGGCUUUAUGCAUCAAGAACGUGGAGAAAUUCAAGAAGCACUGGCUUCAUAUAUCAAUGCUAGUUUGCUUGACCCUUUUUAUGUUCCGUCCAAGGUACGGAUUGGUGCAUUGUUGUCCAAGUUGGGAUCUAACUCUUUGCCUGUGGCGAGAACCUUACUCUCAGAUGCUUUGAGGAUUGAACCUACCAACCGUAAGGCUUGGUAUCACUUAGGUAUGGUACAUAAGGAUGAUGGUCGCCUUGCAGAUGCCAUAGAUUGCCUCCAGGCAGCAUCAAUGCUCGAAGAGUCAGACCCUGUCGAAAACUUCAGAUCUAUCCUUUGAUCGGCCUCCAUAUUUCAGCCUCGGGGACGGUCCAGCACACAGACCAUGAUACAUACAGGGGUCUCUUUUGUACUCUUUCCUGUUUCUUUACUUAAUGUUCUUGGUGCGAAAAAAGAAGAAAUCAAAUCAAAAGGAAAUGGAAUUUGAAAGGAAAUUACAAUCAAACAGAAGGAAAGAAAGUACCAGAUCUUGGGGGUUCAAAUUAUAGUAAAUGUGGUAAUGGGGGCUCUCAAAUGGUCUUUCUAAUGGUAUUUUGCUUAGCAUGCUUAAUGAUUAUAUUAUAUGUAUAUUUAUAAAAAAAUCUUUGUUUUCUUUAUUCAUUCUAGAGGUUCAAGGAUAAAGAGGGGAAAGAACUAAUUUUU